GAUGAAAUAACUCCGGAUAUUUACAUCGAAUCUCUGGUCAAGACGUUGGACACGUUGCAGAUUAAACUGCCAAAGACUUUUGUAAACCUCAUUCUGCCGUUGAACGUUUCAUCACUUUUCGCUUUGAAUGUUCCUGGGCAGUGCAGGAUUGGAAACUGGUGCAAAGAUGGCAGAUGAUUCGGAUCCAGGUCACAAGCUGGUGCGACGGAGUAGUCUUGGUAAGGGUUCUAAGAAAAGGCGAAUGAGCAAGAAAAAAUACGAUGGACGAAAUAUCAUGGAUGACAUGGCCGGGGUCAGUGAUAUGGUUUUACUUGAUCCACUUACCGAAGACAAACUCACGGAGAAUCUUGAGAAACGAUUCAAAGCUGGUGAAAUUUAUACAUACAUAGGAAAUGUUGUGGUGUCAGUGAAUCCCUACGAGAAACUGUAUCUUUAUACAAACGAAGUGAUAAUGGAGUACAGAUCAAGAAACAUUUAUGAAAUGGCGCCACAUCUGUACGCAGUUGCUGACUUGGCUUACAGAUCAAUGCGAGAUCACAAUAAAGACCAGUGUAUUCUUAUUACUGGAGAGAGUGGUGCUGGGAAGACAGAAGCUUCAAAAAUAUCAUGCAGUAUGUUCGGCGUUUCUGGAAAGGGAAAACAAGUUGAACAAGUUAAAGAACAACUUCUUCAAUGUAAUCCAAUUCUGGAAGCGUUUGGGAACGCCAAGACAUUGAAAAAUGAUAACUCGUCCAGAUUUGGGAAAUACAUGGAUUUAGAGUUUGACUUCAAAGGAGAACCUGUUGGUGGUGUUAUAACAAACUAUCUUUUGGAAAAGUCUCGAAUUGUGCAUCGUGCCAACGAGGAGAGAAGUUUCCACACUUUCUAUCAGCUUCUCAAUGGUGGAUCGGGAGAGCUUCUUCGUGCCUUGGGCCUGGAAAGAAACUGCGCUAAAUAUGCAUAUUUGAAGGAGAGUGGUUGCAUUUCUGUGAAAACGAUUAACGACGUUGAAGACUUUCGUUAUACUGAGAGUGCUAUGGGCGUAAUUGGAUUUAAAAACCAAGAGAAACUUUGUAUUUAUCAGCUGAUAUCAGCAAUUCUCCAUCUUGGAAAUGUACAGUUUGAAGCAGCGCAAUUUCAUCACGGGGCUGACGGUGUAUUUAUCACAAAUAAAAUGGUGCUGAGAAUUAUUGGAGAUUUACUGAGAUGUGAACCAGAAGUGUUACAAAAGGCGUUAACAGAAAGAACGGUGGCAACAAAAUACGAGUCCUUCAAGACAACUUCACCGUCUGAGGCUGGUUAUGCCAGAGAUGCUCUGAGCAAAGCUUUAUACGAUCGCUUAUUUUCCUGGUUGGUAGCAAGGAUCAACCAGAGUAUAAAGGUAGUAACCUCUUCAUUAUUGAUUAAGAUAAUCAAGGAAAAAACUUUUGAACAAUUCAUUAUAAAUUACUGCAACGAAAAACUGAAACAAAUAUUCAUUGAACUGACCUUAAAAUCAGAACAAGACGAGUAUGUGAGAGAGGGCAUUGAAUGGACUCACAUCGACUAUUUCAAUUCUGUGAUUUGUGAUCUUAUUGAAAAAAGCAAUGUUGGAAUAAUAGCCAUGAUAGACGAAGAAUGUUUGCGACCUGGAAAGGCCUCCGAUAUGACACUUUUGGAAAAAUUAAAUGCGAAAUUUCUGGACCAUCCACAUUAUGACAGCGAGAGCGGUACAAAUCCGAGGAAACCAAACUUGAAGAUUGGACAAGGACAUUUUGUUUUGCGACAUUAUGCAGGAGAUGUGACUUACAACGUCAAUGGCUUCUUGGACAAGAACAAUGAUCCGUUGUUUCGUGAUUUAUCACAAGCAAUGUUUCAAUGCGAACAUCCUUUGUUGCAACAACUUUUUCCAGAAGGAAAUCCCGAGACACCUUCUCGUAAACGACCCAGUACUGCUGCUACCAAAUUCAAGGUGUCCGUAGCACAGUUGAUGAAAAAUUAGAGUGAAAAUCCCAAUUAUGUGAGGUGUAUUAAGGUAUUGUAUAACUUUUAUGGGAAUAUACUGCCAUGUCGAAUUUUACAAGAAAGGAGUGUGGAAUAUCUAUUUUUCUUUUUUAGCCAAAUGAAGCAGAGGGAAAAAGUUUUUGAUGAACAUUCUGUGAGGCAUCAAGUCCGGUAUUUAGGGUUAUUAGAGAACGUUCGUGUUCGCCGUGCUGGUUAUUGUUAUAGACAGGAAUACUCUAUAGCUUUGGAAAGAUACAAAAGUUUGUGUCCAAAAACAUGGCCAAAGUGGGAUCGUGAUCCUAAACAAGGACUUGGUGAGAUUUUGAAGUGUCAGAAAAUCAAAAGAAGUGAAUAUGAUUAUAGAAGGACCAAACUUUUUAUCCGAAAUCCACAAACGUUGUUUGCACUGGAAGAUAGAAGAGAAGAAAAGUUGGAAGAUCUUGCAGUCAUCAUACAAAAACGUUAUAAGGGUUUUCGUGACAGGAAGAAGUUCAUCAAAAUGUUGAUUAGCAAAACAUUUAGAGGAUUCAAGGCAAAGAAGGAUUACCGGACGCAGCGUAAUGCAGCCAUUAUGAUCGCUUCGUUUGUCAGAGGAUGGCGGGUGCGAAAAGAAUAUCAACGUUUCUUCCGAUCUCAUGCCACAGCAGUUAUUCAACGUUGCUGGCUAUCUUACGUCGUUUCAAGAUUUUGA